AUGUCGUCCGCUCCCAAGCUGACCGCUACCGAGCACUUCAAUAAGACUGCAGACAAGUACGAAGCCAAAACUGGCGGAGCUACCAGUGAACUCGCGCAGCAUGCCAUCUCCUCCAUCACGGACCUAAAGCCUCUGACAUCCGAGUCCAAGAUCCUCGACAACGCAUGCGGCACUGGCAUCGUGACUGACAUCAUCCUUAAGUCCGGGGUCCGGCCUGAGAUCCACGCUAUCGACGUCGCAGAGAACAUGGUCAGUAUUGCUAGAGAUCGGUUCUCCUCCCAUCCCAAUGUCCACGUGGCCGUCAUGACCGGCGAGGAACUCUCCUUUCCUAACGACACCUUCACCCACUCCAUUACGAACCUCGGCCUUAUGUACUUCACCGACGCCGAAAAGGGCGCCCGAGAGAUAGCGCGCACACUUCACCCCGAUGGAGUGGCCAUCAUCACCGGCUGGAAGAUGAUGGGACAUAUCAAGAUCAUUCAGGAGGUCCAGGCGCAGAUCCGCCCCGACCAUACGCUGUUCAAGCCGCCUGUCCCCGACAUGUGGCUCGACCCUGAGCAUACCAAGGCCGUGCUGUCAGGUGCCGGGCUCGACGUGCAUACCAGCACUGCAAUCGACGUGCAUCUAGGCGGCGAGACGGCCGACGGAGUCGCUGAUCUUCUAACUCAUGGGUUCGGCUCGAAGGCAUUUGAGUCUUGGAGCGAGGCGGAAAAGGAGAAGGCCGCUGAGGUAAUGAAGAAGAUUGUGCAGGAGCGGGCUGUUCCGUUUACUAGACCCUCAGGCUCUGGCGUCGGUAUUAAGGUGACAGGAACUAUCUUUAUUGCACGUAGGGGAUCUGGCACUAUACUAGGUUUAUAA